UGUAUGUAUCGAACAUCAAGGAGCACAACGUGCACUGGACUGUCAUUUGAGUCCGCAAAAGUGCAGGAAAACCGAAACCGGCUCGUGACUCCAAAGCUGCGUUGUUUUUACUAAUAUUCAGGUGUUUAAGUUUCGUAGGCAUUUUAAACACAAUCUCCCAUUACGUCACAACAUUCACCUGUCCCGGGUUCACGCCGUCAACUACGAUGUCAGUGUUUCGAUUGCUCGGUGGUGAAAUCAUUUCCAUUUAUCGUCAAAGCCUACUCACCAUCGGUACAGGGCAGGCGAGGUAUCUGUCCGUGUCCACAUCGCACCGUCGGGCAGCAGUGCCGGAAGGUGAGCAAGCAGAGGAAACGGCAGCCGGUGAUGAAGUAACAGCAACGGAAGACGACUCAGCCACCCCGAAGCCACCAGUUGACGAUCCGAAGGACCGUACGCGAGUAGUACCGGUGGAAACGAGCAUUCGCUAUCUGGCCAGCGAAGCCUACCGUCAAACAUACCAGGACGAUCCGGUAUGGAAGCAGUAUCGGCGUAAUCACAAGGGCCUGUAUCCACCGAAGCUGACCCGUAAAACCUGCAUCCGCAAAGGACGCAUCUCGACCGGCAACCCGUGCCCGAUCUGUCGCGACGAGUAUCUGGUGCUGGACCAUAAUAAUAUCGAUCUUUUGAAGCAAUUCAUUUCCCCACAAACGGGGGAAGUGUUGAGCUACCGCGUUACGGGGUUGUGUCAGAAGAAACACACCCAACUGUUGGUGGCGGUGGAGCGUGCCAUGGACCGAGGUUUAUUAACGUUUGAUGUGCCGUUUCGAGAGUACGAUUACAGUGAAUACUACCCGGCAAAGGGAACGAAUUCGUCUAAAUAA